UUACGAUCACAACCCUACUUUUAUGUUUACUAUACGAAUUACGUUUCUGUUGUACCAGCUAGAACAGGACUAAUGAAAUUCAUGAUAAUUCUUUGAUAUCAUUUGCAUAAAAUAGUCUAAAAUAUGAAUAGUACAAAUCAAUUACUUAGUUCUGAUGAUAGUGAUGCUCCGAUCCUUCGGGCACAUUUAAAGCGAGCUAAACCAGUUUCAUAUAAGGCAGAAUUAACGUCAGAUAGUGAUAGCGAGCCAAUCAAGUUUGUAAAAGUGAAAACUCCACAGACUGAAAAACUGCUUGGCGAGAUUUCUCUUUUAACUAGCGAUGAAGAGUUUAUUCCGGAGCCGAGUAAGUUCAAGAAAAAACCGUUAAGUAAAACCAAUACACGUGAAAAGAGGAUACAUACUAUUGAACUUAUUACCAGCGAUGAAGAUAUGGAGUCUGCAAAUAUUCCAUCAAAUACCGGAAAGAAAAGGAAAUGUCUGAAUUCUCAUUUGGAAGUCACAAGUCCAACAAAGAAAGCAAAAAAAGAUCGAGAAGCUAAACCACUUAGAAGCAAGACUUUAAGCAAAACUAGAAGAACCGCCGUUGCAACAUCUCAAAGUUCAAAGACAGAUAAAACUCUAAAUAGUUCCGUUGACGACGUUUGUCCCACUUGGCAAGAGCCAGAACUUUUAGCAGAGAAAACUUUAAUAGAUGAAAGUGUUGCUCGAAAUUUGAUAAAACUAUGGGAGGAUGGUAAUACUAUACCAUUUAUUGCUAGAUAUCGAAGAAAUGUAAUUGGUGAUAUGACGGCGGAAAAUCUAAGGGCAAUAAAGGAGGAUUACGUCGAAAUUUGCGAAUUGAAAAAGAAAAUUUGCACGGUUGCAAAAGCAGUGGCGCAGAAUGGAAAGUUGGAUCUGAAAAUUCAACAAAAUAUUUGUGCGUCUAGAACUAUCGAAGAAUUGGAACAUAUUUAUGCUCCGUUUAAACCGGGUAAAAAACAAUCAUUGGUAGAACGAGCAAAAAAAUGCGGUUUGGAGGAGCCAGCAUUACAUUUAUUGAAUAACACGGGCAUGAUUUUUUUUGCUGAUUAUAAGAAACCUGGCGUAGAUGGCAUAAAAACCGAGGAGGAUGUAAAAAAAGGAAUCAUACAAAUUUUAGCUUUUGAAAUAGGUAGAGACCCGGAAUUGUUGUUGUUCUUGCGCAAUUUGCGAGGAACAUCGACGUUUAAACUGAGGACAACAAAGGCCCGAUCUACACAGAAAAACCAAAGUACUGUCGCGAACAAAAUAGGAAAAAAAGAUCCUAAGACAGAGGAGGCCAAGUUUCAAAUAUACUUUGAUUUUAGCAAUAGGGUUGACGCUUUGAAAUCUCACCAGAUUUUAGCUAUUAAUCGAGGAGAAUCUUUAAAAAUUCUAACCGUCAAAAUUGAGAUUCCUAGUUAUUUUCAAAACCAGUUUAAAAUUUUCUGCACUAACAAAUGGACAAAUAAAUCUCAAUAUGACCAGAGAAGACAAGACAUUAUUAAUUUGGCAAUUGAUGAUGCGUUUGGACGAAUAAUUACUCCAUUGAUUUCUCGAGAAAUACGUGCUGAAUUGAAGCUAAAAGCCGAGAAAGAAUCAUGUAAAGUGUUCAGUGAUAAUUUGAAACAUUUAUUAUUAACACGCCCCAUGAAAGGAAAACCAAUUAUGGGAAUAGAUCCAGGUUACACUCAUGGGUGUAAGGUGGCCCUUAUCUCAGCGACUGGGAAUCUACUAGAUCACAGCGUAAUUUAUCCGCAUACUUUUAAAAAUGGCAGUUCUAGAGGCGAAGACGUGAUCAAGAAAUUAUUGCUUCAAUAUGGAUGUAACCUAAUAGCGAUAGGCAAUGGAAGUGCGUGUCGUGAAACAGAGGAGUGGAUUUCCGGUCUUAUUAGUAGUCACUAUUUCGGAAAUUUGGAUGUACAAUAUACUAUUGUGAAUGAAGAUGGAGCAUCUAUUUACAGUUGCAGUACAGAAGCGCAGAAGGAAUUUAGAGAUCUAGAUCCUAAUAUUAUUAGCGCAGUAUCUCUUGCGCGCAGAAUUCAAGAUCCUAUGGCCGAACUAGUCAAAGUUGAACCGUGCCAUUUAGGAGUAGGCAUGUAUCAGUUAGACAUUAAGAAGAAACAGUUGCAAGAUGCUCUAAGCGAAGUUGUUUCUGAAUGUGUAAGUUUUGUUGGCGUGGACUUAAAUACAGCAUCUAUGUGCUUAUUGCGUCGUAUUGCUGGCUUAACAGAAAAUAAGGCCGUUCAAAUAAUCGACUACAGAGAAAGGUGCGGAGCCUUUACCCACCGAAAAGAAUUGCUUAAAGUUUAUGGAAUUGGAGAGAGAGUCUUUGAGCAAUGCGCUGGCUUCCUGAGAAUAGGACCCACUGAUCCGAGCUACAAUAAGUUUUAUGACAAUAAAUUGACCACACCAUUGGACGCAACGAUCAUACAUCCGGAAUCGUACCCUUUGGUUCGCAGUUUAAUAGGAGAAUUGGGACUGAAAGAGAAACAAAUAGGUUCGGAGUACUUCAUCAGAUGCUUUAAGGCAAAAUCACAAGGGUACGAUAUUCAGAAAUUAGCUGAAAAAUAUAAAUCUGAUAAGGAAACAAUGCACCUCAUUUUCGAUGCACUUAAUAAGAGCUUAAGCCACGAUUUCAGAACUGAAAUGAGUAGAACGCCGUUAUUUAAAAAGGACAUUACUUCUUUGGAAAACCUGAAAAUAAAUUCAGUUUUGACGGGGCGAGUUAAAAACGUAACAUCAUUUGGGGCGUUUGUCGACAUCGGAGUAGGUAAGAACGGAUUAAUUCAUGAAUCAAAUAUGAAAGGGCUGAAUUUACAUCUAGGGGAUGUAUUGGAAGUUCGAGUAAACAAACUUGACGUGGUCAAAGGUCAUAUUAAUUUGGUAGUCUUAAAUAAGUGCAGUUGAAAGGGUACAUUGUGUAAACUUUUUUGUGUUCUAAUUUGUUAAUAUUUUUCCUCCAGAUUUAUUAGGGCGGUUUUCUUCUAAAAUAUACAUAAUACAGCAUAAAUAAAAUUUUCGUUUUCGUGGAAAUGUUUUUUUCCUUCCAUAAAAGAACUGUUAUUUGAGUUUAGAAGCUUCGUUUAUAUAUGUGUGGUGCCACUAAAACCGGAGUGUAAACCUAACGGGAAUUUAUUCCGUUUGGUUUAGACUAUGAUGUGUUUUUUUCAAAACCGCAACAUUCAAUUUUGUAACUGUUAAUGAGGGAAAAUUGGUAAUAUUUUUUGAAAGAAUUCUGAUGUACAUGUCUAUAAUUUUAUGAAUAAAAAUAUGGAUUACCCCAAUUUUUGUAAUAUUGGAGCUGUUACGAAAAUGUUAAAUUAUAUAUUUAUUAUAUAUCAUAAGUUAGUCUGUAUUUUUUGAGAUGGCUGUUAUUAAGUCGUUCAUAAAUAUGUUGCAGAUAUCGUCGGCAUACAAUAGAAGCUGACUAAGUCCGCCGAUAGUAGUUUUGAGUUAUUAAUCUUUUCAUAAUUUGCUUAUGAUUAUAAAAUCAAUUAUUUUAUAUCAGAUUAGUUUAUAAUAAUUUUUUUACACAAUUUUGAAGUUUGUUCCUGGUAAAUAAGAUUACACAUUGACAUUGCAAUCGAAAAUACCAAAAAUAUAUAAAUAUUCGACAUGGUCGCUUUCGCUUGUAUAACGACGAUACGUAUGCAGAGAUGUACUUUUAAGGAUAUUUUUGUAAUAUAUUGAUCUUACAGAUCGCAAAUAGCGAUGUCUCAGUGAGUUCCUGAACAAUAUUUAUCUACCCUAGCACAAAUAUGCAGUCAUUUAAAAUGCGGCAUCAUUAUUGCGGGAGUAUUUAGCGAGUCUACAUAAAUUUUAUGUAUACUAUUCUUUGUUUUUGCAAUCAACGUAGUAUAGUAAUCUAAAAUGUAAAUAAAUUGGUAUUUACAUGUUCGGAAGUCUCUGUCUGGAGAGCGACAAAAGGUGAAGAAAGACGAAAUAGCUUUGUGGAAUGUAACCGGCGAUGGGGUUUAAUACACUGAAAAUGGCUCCUGAGAAAAGUAUCCGUGUGUCAUUCAAAUGUAUAAAACAUAUUAAUUCUCGUGGAACGCCAAAAAAAAAACAAUUAGAGGAGAAGUGAUCGCAUUUUAGUGAUUUACGUUAAAAAUAAGGCACCUUAUGUAGAAAAUCCAAGAAGUAUGUAAGAAAAUUAUAAUUAAGUAGUUUUGAAAAUUUGUAAUUUUUUAUUCUUACUAAGAACAUUUCUUAGUGGUGUUUAUUUGAGAAAUAGAAGUUUUUUUGUUUA